CCAGCAAUUCUUCCAGAGGCAUACUCCCGAAACAACGGUGCCACUGUAUCCUCAAUACAGUUGUCCAGCUGAGCAGCCACCUGAUAUAAAUUCUCAUCCGUGGUGUUAUAAGGAAACAAGAAUUUUCGUCCAUAGCUUAGAGCAGUGGAUAUGUCUUCAGGAAUAAUACACUGAGUCUGUAUGUUGCCUCGAUCGCAACUUCCCGCCGUUCCUUCGCGGCUGCUUUAGUCACUUCACAGCUACUCUUAAAUUCAGAAAAAUCAUCAUCCGACAGCAUCAGAUCAAUAUUAAGCAUGGUGGUCGAAAUACGUUUUAGUAUUGAGCUUGUAUGCUCCACGCACGUUCUAAAUACUUCCGAUCUCCCAUUAACAUCCUUGCAUCUAAUCCACUCUCGAUCUGCGUACCCCUCUCCCAAUUCCUCAUGCUGCGCCAAUGCCAGUCUCUUUAAAUCUUCCAUAUUUCUUGAUUGAAAGAAAAGAAUCAUUAGAAUGGAAGUAAAACCCAAACCAAAAAUAACGUUCAAAAAAUUCAAAACGAGAAGAGCAGAAAAAGCGCCCUCUACCGGCACCAAUAACCGACUGUCAAGCAUUUCACUCUGACAUUAUUCGACGCUAAGACAGUCACGAAACAACAAUUCACCGAACAACAAUUCACCGUACUGCCCAGCAAAAAAUGGAAAACCGCAAAUAUCCCGAGUAUAAGUGUGUGAUGUGCCCAAAGGCCUUCCCAUACCUCAUCGGCGACGACCUGUUCAAAAAACAUCUGUCCACCAUGCACAGUUUCAAAAAACCUUCAGUAUUCUCAAUGCUAGUGAAUCGCUCAGAUGGUGCAUCACUAGAUCCGUAUUACAUUCAGCCACCAACACAACCCAUGAUGAUUAUGAAUCACACAUCAUCAGAGCCGGUCCGUGAAAAGACGCACAGAAGAACAUGUGGAACAAACAAUGAGACAGAAGGACCAGCAAAAAUGACCAUACGACUGUAUGUCUCACAUCAGCCGGUAUCAGAAGAGAUGCGUGCCAUUCUCUAUGGCUUUCUUCCCAAAAAGAUGUAUGACGAUUUAUACGAUUCACACAAUUAUAUCUGUACCCUGUGUGAUGUGCUCAGUGAAAAACAUGUCAGCCAAGCAGCAGUGACGGAUCAUUUAAAAAGCUGGCAUCGAAUUUUCGAUCCAGCCGAUCAGGCAAUGUUUAUUUGUCAACAAGUUCCAUCCCCAAAUGAGCAUAACAACAUGCCAGCCAACAAUCCAUCUGACGAAAUAUGUGCAAAUUCACCCCCUUCAAAGCGUCAAAAAAGCUGUGAUUCAAUCCAACCACCCCUUCUACGUGAGUUCCCGUAA